AUGGCAGAAGCUACCAGGGUCAUCGUGGUGGUGGUGGCGCUGGUGGUAGUCCACCCGGAUGAGCGGGAUUACUUAGAGGUGGGCAAUGUGAUCCUCAACAAGUCGGUGCUUCGCCCUGGCAGGUGGCAUGACGUCACUAUGGUGGUGAACUGCAAGGAGGGCCGUGCCUUCAUCUACGUCGACGGCAAGAUCGUUCGCGGGGACGGCGGCGAGCACGCGGUGGUUAUCGGCGAGGGAGCAGGAGCCAAGUCGCCCCUGGCCGUGAAGCGGGGAGGCUUUCUGCUCUUUGCGGCUUCCGAGGCAUCGUGGAUGCCUGGGGGCUGCUACCUGCGUCGCUGCGCAUUUACGAGCGACUGCCUUUCGGCGAAGCAGCUGGAGCAGGGUGCGUAUCAAAAUCGCCUGGCCAGUGCCAAGAUCCGUGAGUAUCUCAAGGAGCAGCUGCCCCAGCAGGAGUUGGCCCUGACGCCGAUACUAAGGCGCAAGGCGAUGCCCUUCUGGCGCUCGGGCUGGUUCCUCUCGGAGUUUGGUCAGGCGGUCUUUCCCGUCGACUCGGAGAGUUCCUUCUCGAGCUUUCAGGUGUUCGUGUUCGCGGCGGAGAAGCUGUUCCAGGCCCCGAGCAGCGAGGGAAAGCUAAGCGGCAUCCUCGGGUUGAUGAGUGAGGAGGCGCAGAAGGCCAGGCUGGUCUGCCUGACGGGCGCGGGAUUUUCCACGGAGUCCGGGAUCCCGGACUACCGAAGCCCCCAGGGGUCCUACUCCAAGGGCCACAAGCCCAUGACCCACCAGGAGUUCGUGUCCAGCUGCUUGAACCGCCGGCGCUACUGGGCCCGCUCUCUCAGGGGCUGGCGCUACUUCGACGGUGCGGCUCCGAACUCUGCGCACCGAGCGCUGGGGGUGUUGGAAGACGCCGGGUACGUGCAGGCGGUGAUCACUCAGAAUGUUGACGGUUUACAUCAGAGGGCAGGGUCUCAGAAUGUGAUCGACCUCCACGGGCGCAAUGACCAGGUGAUGUGCCUGACCUGCUCUCGCACGCGUCCGCGGGCCGGCUACCAGUUGGAGCUUGAGGAAGUGAACGCCGCGUGGAUGGAUGCCUUCCUCCCCCCGCAGGAGGUCAUGGACAUCCGCGCCGACGGCGAUGCCCACCUGGACGUCCGCAGCUUCGACGGUUUCGUGGUGCCUCCCUGCAAAGCCUGUGGGGGGGUCUGGAAGCCUCGGGUGGUCUUCUUUGGCGGCUCCCUGGAGUCUUCGGUGAAGCUCAAGGCCCAGGAGGCGCUGCGAGGAGCGGAGGCUCUCUUGGUGAUGGGAACCUCCGCCAAGGUCUUCAGCGCCUUCUCGCUGGUCCGCCUCGCGGCGGAGGCCAAAAAGCCGGUGGCCCUGGUCAACAUCGGGGAGACCCGUGCAGAUCCCCUGGUUUCUCCCGACCUCCGCAUGCACAUGCGCUGCAGCGAAGCGCUGUCCGCCGCGGAGCCCCUCUUCCGGCGGCUCAGCAACGCCCUGGAGUCACCCGAGCCCCAGGUGAUUGUCUUCUUCCUGAAGGCCGUUAAGCAGCUACGAGCCCGGAUGAGCAACGUCGGGGAUGCGUGCAUCAUUCCACUCGCGGUGGGCAGCACUGUGGUACCCCUGAUGCUCGAGAAGACAGAGGGCAAGGACGGCCCCAACUACCGCCUCACCAUCUGCAACGGUGGGCCAGGGGUCCUGUACCACAGGCAGUCGGCACGGAGCCCCCCGAAGCUCAAGCAUCAGACUUGCAUGACCUUUGACGGCAUCCCCGCCGAGCGCGCUGAAGACGAGGCGUUCUGGACCACCAUGGUCACCGCGUGUCUGAUCUCCAGCGAGCGGGAGCCCGAAGAUCUUCUCUACGACGUCUUCCUGCCUUACCUGAUUAAGGCCCCAGCCGUCGUGGAUGCGCUGUAUCCGAAGGGAGCGAAGAUGCUCGAGGGCCUCAGCAUCCCGGACUCCGACUUCCACUCGAGGCCCAGGGCCUUCGGCCCCUGGCGCGGCCUCACGCUCCUGUGGAAGCAUCUCCUGAGAUCCAAGGCCGGGCUCACGAAGCAGCAGGUGAAGGCCGUCAAGUGGGAGCUCCGGGCCACCAUGGUGGACAUGUGCGUCCACGACCUCAAAGCAUCUAAAGGGCUCGACUCCACCGACCUCCGGCUGCUUAAGCUGGGCUGCGGCACCAUGUCCUUCGCGGCAGUCAGGAACCAUACCUGUGCCACAGACUGCCGGUCGGACGAGGACUCCCUGAGCCUGCCUGCAGCCAACCACUCCCUCUUCGCCUGCAAGAAGUUGGUCGAUGCUAUCGACGUCCUGUGCUCUCAGAAGCCGCGGACCUAUGAGGGUCAGGAUGGCAGCGGGGAGUUCUCUUCCUACCUGGACCUGGACACCGGGGAGGAGAAAGUCAGCCAAAGUGCGAUCUUCCCCUUCUUCGACCGUCUGCUCCGGCAAGAGGCCAGGGACUCAACCUGUAGCAUGAAAGAGCAUCGUAGUUAG